ACUAGUUCGAUUCUGGUUGUGGGCAAAUUGGUUUGCUUUUUUCUUUUCUGCCUUUUUCCUCCUCGCCCAUUGCCCCGUCCCACGACCCACCUGUAAACCCACCCCCCCUUUCAAUUCACAGAGCCUCACCCCCCAAGUAACAGUUACUUGCCGGUUUGUACCCGGCUAAUCUACUAACCAGUGAGACUCAAUCCGUUCCAAAAUCACGAGCCGAUCAACAAGAGAAGUGAAGUGCCCAUGAUGAACACCCGACCAGGCGCCGAUCCCGUGCCGCAGGCGGUGGUGUCCGGAUUCGUCCCGGCCCCGGGGCCGAUCGCCGACGCCGUCCUGCGCGCCGUCUACGUCUCCGACCAGGACAUGUACCCGGUCGCGCUGCCCUACGCCCGGCUGCGCGCCUGGCCCGACGCCUGCGGGGACCUGAGCAUCUGCUUCCGCUCUUCUUCCUCCUCCUCCUCCUCCUCCUCCUCCUCCUCCUCUACCCCCCCUUUACCACCCCCGUCACCAGGGCGAGGAGCAGGCAGCGCCGCCCCGGGCGGCCGCGACGGUGAGAGUGACGGUGACGGUCAGAGUGGCGGGCACGGUCGCCGCACUUCGGAGGAGGAGGAGAAGGAGGAGGGCGGUGUGGCGGCAGCGGAGGAAGAGGAGGAGGCGGUGGCGGUGGCGGGCGUGGUCAUUGUGCUUCCCCUGCGGAGGCGGUUCUGGGAGGAUCUGCUGCAGGGGCGACUGAAGGAGUGGGAGAUCGAGCCGCGGGACAUGUUUGCGUUCCCUGUAGCAACAACAGCGGCAGCGGCGGCAGCAGCGAGAAGCGCAAGUCCAGGGGACCGAACUAGCGUGGGGGAGCAGCAAGGCGCAGAGGAGGUCGGGCUGCACGUCUAUCAUAUCGAGCGAUUCGAUAGCACCGUGUCUAGCGGGCAGGGGACCAAGCGGUUCUCGGAGUUUGCUCUGGCCGAGGUGAUGAGGAGGGCGCGGGCCAGGCCGGAGUGGAAGGUUGUGGGCAUGUCAGCACUUACUGCGACUCCCGCAGGGAAGAGGACGUUUGAACGCCUGGGCUUCUCCUCAACCGGUUACCGAGAGCUGUUUGUCGCCAAGAGUCACGAGCAGGUUACCGGCGAGGCCAUCGACAAGCGGCCGCUGGAGAUAGUUUACGUUUAUCCGGGAGAGGUGGCAGAGCCAGACGGGGUGUUCGAAGAGGGUGUCAUAACGACAGUGUCCGAGAUGACGGUGAGAUAUUAUAAUAUCUUGAUUGAUCUCGGCAGAGCGGAAUGAUACUCGGCUCCGGGAAACCGAGGAAAAAAGGCCGUGCUCCGACUAAUCAGACUACCGAAGGAGUCAGCUUCCGAGAUUAGAGGGCCAUUGACUACGCCGCGCAGAUAAAUCGUUGGACCUCCGGCUGCUCAAUUACUACCUCAAGUGGUUGUUAGCCACAGGUAUUAUUAUCUCUCGCUUCAGUAGCAGCCUUCAACCACGACAACCCCAAUGAGAUCGGGG